GGUUUAAAUUGAGAUAGGUUACACUAAAUUACAGAAGAGUCAAUAGACACGAUAAUCAUAAAAAUAAGUCAACACACUUGAAAAAAAUUGCAGGCAAAAACCUACGAUAUACCAACGCCAAAUUUGUGAGGGGAAGGAACGAAUUUACAAUUGUAAUUGGAAUGGAUGAUGGUGUCACCGUCACCGGCAGUGAGAGUGAGAAUGAGUUUGAAAAGAGAACAUUCUUCGUUGCUGUCCACGUAGGCGCCGGUUAUCACUCUCCUUCCAAUCACAAACCCCUCAGAUCCGCCAUGAACCGCGCCUGCCUCGCCGCAGCUUCUGUCCUUCGACACGGCUCAGGCCUCUCCUUAGACGCAGUUGUUGCCGCCAUUCAACUCUUAGAGGAUGAUCCGAGUACAAAUGCAGGAAGAGGCUCUAAUUUGACAGAAAAUGGUAGUGUAGAGUGUGAUGCUAGUAUAAUGGAUGGUAAAUCUGGAGCAUUUGGCGCUGUUGGAGCUGUGCCAGGUGUGCGAAAUGCUAUACAAAUUGCUGCUUUAUUGGCCAAAGAGCAAAUGAUGGGACCUCCAUUGCUGGGUCGAAUUCCUCCAAUCUUUUUGGUGGGAGAUGGAGCUCGUGAAUGGGCAAAAUCUAAGGAUAUUGCUUUGCCACUGAGUACAGCAGAGGCCAAUGAGUGGCUGGUCACAGACAAGGCAAAGUCACAAUGGAUAAAGUACAAAUCUAUGUUUGAAGCUGCUAGAUCAAAGACAACGAACUCUCUUCCAGACGGCAAUUCUUCUCCAUGUCAAAAUACUGAAAUGCCAGAUUAUGCUUCGGAAGAUCACGUAAUGGAUACUGUUGGGGUUAUAUGUGUAGACAAUGAGGGGAAUGUAGCAUCUGGAGCCUCUAGUGGUGGUAUUGCUCUAAAGGUUAGUGGACGAGUGGGGCUAGCGGCAAUGUAUGGUUCAGGUUGUUGGGCGUCAUCAAAAGGUCCCUUUGGGGCUCCAUUCAUGGCUGGCUGUUGUGUCUCUGGUGCAGGAGAGCACCUAAUGAAAGGAUUUGCAGCUAGGGAGUGCGUUGUUUCAAUGUCACUUUCACAAUCUGGUGCUGCCUCCGCUUGCACAAAAAUUUUACGCUCUGUUGCUGAGGAUGGCAGUAAAUGCGGUACCGAUAACAGCGCAGGGAUCUUGGUUGUGCAGUCAGAUGCAUCUCCUGUAGAUCAAGGAAAAUCAAGGUUAAAAGCCGUAGAAAUUGCAGCUGCAUACACUUCCCUGUCUUUUGGAGUUGGGUAUUUUGGAAGCUCUAUGGAACGUCCCAAGGUUUCAAUUCUUCGGAGUACAAAACAACAUAGCAGGACUGCAAUUGAUCAAUUUGGAGCAAGAAUAGAUCUUUCAAAUGGAUAAUUGUUCUGACCUCUGUUGAAUUAAUAUAGAUCUUUUAAACGGUUAAUUGUUAUGGCCUAAAGAUCUAUCACAGCUAGAUUACUUGAUUAAAAAUGCAUGAUUUUGUCUGAAAUUACAGGGACCAAUCAAGUUUAUUAUCCGAUUAUCAUUCACUA